GCCAGCCCCUGUCCAAGAAAUCCGCUCAGAGCCGGAGACACCAUGAAAACAAACUGCAGAUUGCGGAGUAACGAUUCACCUGCAGACGACUGAGUGAAGCGGCAGGAUGGCGGGGGGUCGGAGGGGACUUGUGGCCCCUCAGAAUACUUUUUUGGAGAAUAUUGUCAGACGGUCGAACGUUUGGACACUGUCACAUAGGCAGACAGAUACCAACUUUGUCCUGGGAAAUGCUCAGAUAGUGGACUGGCCCAUCGUCUACAGCAAUGAUGGUUUCUGCAAGCUGUCGGGGUAUCACAGAGCAGAGGUGAUGCAGAAAAGCAGCACCUGCAGCUUCAUGUACGGGGAGCUCACAGACAAGGACACGACGGAAAAAAUGCGACUAACAUUUGAGAAUUAUGAGAUGAACUCGUUUGAAAUACUGAUGUACAAGAAGAACAGGACGCCUGUUUGGUUUUUUGUGAAGAUUGCUCCCAUUCGUAAUGAACAAGAAAAAGUGGUCCUGUUUCUCUGCACAUUCAGCGACAUCACAGCCUUUAAACAGCCUAUUGAAGACGAUUCUUCCAAAGGCUGGGGAAAGUUCGCCCGGCUGACUCGUGCUCUAACAAGCAGCAGAGGAGUCUUACAACAGCUGCAGCCCACAGUUCACAAAGGAGAGAACGUCCACAAGCACUCCCGCCUCGCUGAGGUUCUGCAGCUCGGCUCAGAUAUCCUACCUCAGUACAAGCAGGAGACUCCCAAAACUCCUCCUCACAUCAUCCUGCACUACUGCCUCUUCAAGACCACAUGGGACUGGGUUAUCCUCAUCCUCACCUUCUACACCGCCAUCAUGGUGCCCUACAAUGUCUCCUUCAAGAUGAAGCAGAACAAUGUCACGUGGCUGGUGGUAGACAGCAUUGUGGAUGUCAUUUUUUUGGUGGACAUAGUUUUAAACUUCCACACCACAUUUGUUGGACCUGCCGGUGAGGUCAUCUCAGACCCCAAGUUGAUUCGGAUGAAUUACCUGAAGACAUGGUUUGUUAUUGACCUGCUGUCAUGCCUGCCAUAUGAUGUCAUCAACGCCUUCGAGAAUGUAGAUGAGGGCAUCAGCAGUCUAUUCAGCUCACUUAAGGUGGUUCGGCUUCUCCGGCUGGGUCGGGUAGCUCGUAAACUGGAUCACUACAUUGAGUACGGAGCAGCAGUCCUGGUGCUGCUGGUGUGCGUUUUUGGACUGGCUGCUCACUGGCUGGCCUGUAUUUGGUACAGCAUUGGUUAUUAUGAGAUUAUUGAUGAGGAAACCAACAUCAUUCGGAAGGACAGCUGGCUCUACAUCCUGGCUGAGACAGUGGGCACACCGUACUACUACAACGACAGCUCAGGGAACUGGGACGGAGGGCCUAAUAAUGACUCUGUCUACAUCACUUCUUUAUAUUUCACCAUGACUAGCCUGACAAGUAUAGGCUUUGGUAACAUCGCCCCAACGACAGACGGAGAGAAAAUCUUUGCUGUGGCCAUGAUGAUGAUUGGAUCCCUUCUUUAUGCCACCAUUUUUGGUAACGUCACAACGAUUUUUCAGCAGAUGUAUGCCAACACAAAUCGUUAUCACGAGAUGCUCAACAGUGUCCGGGACUUCCUGAAGCUCUACCAAGUUCCCAAGGGCUUAAGUGAAAGAGUAAUGGACUACAUCGCCUCCACCUGGUCCAUGUCACGGGGCAUAGACACUGAAAAGGUGCUACAGAUUUGUCCGAAGGACAUGAGAGCAGAUAUUUGUGUUCACCUCAAUCGCAAAGUUUUUAAAGAGCACCCGGCUUUCCGACUGGCCAGUGAUGGGUGUCUCCGAGCACUGGCCAUGGAGUUUCAGACUAUCCACUGCGCCCCUGGCGACCUGAUCUAUCACGCUGGUGAAAGUGUGGACAGCCUCUGUUUUGUGGUGUCAGGGUCACUGGAGGUCAUUCAGGAUGAUGAGGUCGUUGCCAUUUUAGGAAAGGGAGACGUAUUUGGGGACGUUUUCUGGAAAGAGGUGACUCUGGCUCAGUCCUGCGCCAAUGUGCGAGCUCUGACCUACUGCGACCUCCACGUUAUUAAACGCGACGCUCUGCAGAAGGUGCUGGAAUUCUACACGGCAUUUUCCAACCACUUCUCUCGAAACCUGCUGCUCACUUAUAACCUGCGUAAGAGGAUCGUUUUUCGAAAGAUUAGUGAUGUGAAACGGGAAGAGGAGGAGAGACGGAACCGUAAAAAUGAAGCCCCUCUGAAUUUGCCACCAGAUCACCCAGUACGAAAACUUUUCCAGCGCUUUCGACAGCAGAAGGAGGCCCGCAUGGUGACUGGGAAACCAGAAACAGAUGAACAAGACAUUGAGAAGGGUCCUCUCUAUGUGGACAUCCCCAAAAAUAAAUCAGCUAUUACAACUACCAGCAUUGUCACUGUAACAGAAAGCCCAGCUACACCUUCAUCUUCAACUCCUCAAUCGCCAUCACCUCUCAACUGUACGGUUGCAGACAAGGCAAAACUGCAAGUGCCAUCGUCCAUUUCUUUGGUUGGUGGCCGCUCUGCUGAACCACCCAAACUGAAAGGCUGGGGUCGCUUUAAGGAGUCGAUGGCCAAAGCUGACAACUGGAACACAGUGUCUAAAGCUGAAUCCAUGGAGACUUUACCUGAACGAACCAAGGUGCAAGAAUCCCCAAUCUCUCUAAAGAAGACGGACUCAUGUGACAGCGGCAUUACCAAAAGUGAGUUACGCCUGGACAAAGUGGGUGACUUCCGCUUGACGCCUCAGGACCGCAGUCCUGCCCAGCCUCCAGAAAUGAGGCAUUUCUUCUACCCCAUCCCGGAGCAAACGCUUCAGGCUUCACUGCAGGAGCUCAAGCUAGAGCUAAAGGAUGACCUUAAGAACCUAAAUGUUCGAAUGUCAGGCCUAGAGAUGCAACUCACAGAAGUGCUAAAACUCCUGAAAGCCAGCCAUUCAAGCUCUGGCUCUCCACAACAUCUUUUUGACAUUUCUAGACCUGCUUCACCAGAAGUGGACAAAGAGGAUAUCUUCUCUUGAAGAAUGAAAGAGUCAUCCGGCAACAGUUGACCUUAAAUUCAGCUGAAUCCAGUAAUAUGCAGAUUACUCGGAUAGCUGAGACCGCACUGGGUAUACCAUUUUAGAUUAGGCAGCAGUGUGGUAAGAUGCACCAGCCUUCAUCCUAGGGUGUACCUACCUGGUAGCAAGGUAACGUUGUGUUGACAAGUUGAGGUCGUAACCUAGAUUUUCGUGUCUUGGAAUCGAAUAUCUGAAGGUUACACAAAAACUGACAGCUCUCUGUUUGUACAUACGUUUGAUUUAUCUUUCCGCUGCACUAUGAUGGAAAAAUACUUUGAGGGGUGGCAUUUUAUGAAAAGUCUGUUCAGAUUUUGGGGGCGGUAGGAGAAGGAGGUAUCUCCAUUGGAAGGUUCCAAUGGAAGCAGCAUGACCCACUGGUUUGUUAGCAUUCGUAAGAGAUUCUUUGCAUGUCACAUAAAGUAGACGUCUGCCUCAAAUAGCAGUUGGCGCAUAUUUGAUUAAUUGAGGCCGCACGCCGAUCCAUUUGCAUUAUUUCACAUUGACAGUGAAAGAGGACAGUUUUUGCAGAUGCUGAAUCAAUCUUAAAGUAAUUUCCUCAAACAGUUAUGUUAUUAUAUCAGAUGCCAGAAUCAUUAUGAAUUAAACAACAGAUAACUCUGCCCGACCAAUCUGAUUUUCAAAAACAUGUUUGAGCGGAGAUCAUAAUUUCAAUAAACCACAAAUAGAUGUGCUUCAUGGAAAAUUGAAUGAAAUGCUAACUAGUGAGGCAGCAAUUGGCAAGUUAUCCCUCUUUCCUGAUAUCUAGGUUUACUAUGUUACAGCUUUGGUGAUACUUACAGUAAUUUUAUAGGUACUGACUGUGGCCAAAACCCUUACAAAUAUAGAAAGUAAUGGCGAUUUGCACAAUAUUUGUAAACUAAAAUUUGUGUACAAUAAAACAGGCUGUCAGAAAGUGGACUGAGAUCACCAGACCAUUUUUGACUUUAAUGGUCCCUUAAGUAUAUUUUUACAUUUUAAUCCUGUUAACAUGCAUGAUUUAACAUUUCUGUUUGUCCUCAUUUUUACUUGAGAAAGCAAACAAACAAAAAAGCUAAUAUGAGUUGACUAGUAUUAGGAGGUCUUUUUGGAGCACAUGUUCAGGGUGAGUGUGUGAAAUGCAGAUGCUCUUGAACUGUUUUAAAUGUGUUAACUUGCUUCUGGCUUUGAAAAAUUGAAGAGUUUCCUUCAGAGAGGGAAAAAUCUUUAACCCCUCAACCCCUUUUUAAUAUGAUGCAGUCAAUACAAAAAAUGUGUUGCAGACAUUCAAAUGUUUUUUAAAAUGACACACUUGGUGCAGUAAUGCCUGAAUUAUGCUUCAGCGGGAAAUCUACGGCAUAACUUACAAGAUACCCGGAAAACCCUUUUUUAACCGUACACCUUCCACAUAACCUGAUGUGCCCCUCCCAAGAAAUAUAACUACAGGUCGGGUCGAAAUAGCCCACGAUGACUAAAUGCCGUGGAAGGUCCAAUGUAGGGUUAAAAGGGGUGUCCGGUUACAUCGUCAGUUAUGCCGUAGACUUUCCACAGAAGUCCAUAUCACGCAUAGCUGUUGUAGGAGUGUUUCAUAUAGAUGGUGUAUGUUUAUGUUAAUAUAUAUUAUUUGAUUGUUACAAUAUACACUUUCACUUCAUCAGGUACACCUUGCUAGUACUGGGUUGGACCCACUUUUGCCUCUAGAACUGGCUUAUUUCUUCAUGACAUACAUGUAGAUUCAAUAAGAUGCUGAAACAUUGCUCAGAAAUCUUGGUCCAUAUUGAUGUGAUAGCAUCAUGCAGUUGCUGCAAAUGUGUUGGCUGUACAUUCAUGAAGCAAAUCUUCAGCUGCACCACAUCCCAAAGGUGCUCUAUUGGAUUAAGAUCUGGUAACUUCAGAGGGCAUUCGAUUACAACGAACUUAUUCCCAUUUUUAAGAAAACAGUCUGAGAUGAUAUAAUUUUGUGACAUGGGGCUUUAUUCUGCUAGAAGCAGGCAUCAGACUAGGUGACAUUUUUCCAAUCUUACUACUGUCCAAUUUUGAUGAACCUGUGUGAAUUGUAGCCUCAGUUUCUCGUGGCACCUGGUAUGGUAUUCUGCUGCCACAUUCGGUGAUGCCCUUCUGCAUAUCUUGGUUGUAACUAGUAGUUAUUUGAGUUUCUGUUGCCUGCCUUCUAUGCCUUUGGAAUCAAGAAGGUAUUUUCACCCAGAGAACCCAAACCCAGUUUUCCUUUUCUCAGACCAUUCUCUGUAAACCCUAGAGGUGGUUGCGUGGGAAAAUUCCAGUAGGUCAGCAGUUUCUGAAACACCCAGAGCAGCCUGUCUAGCAUCAAAAACCAUGCCACUUUCAAAGCCACUUAAAUCAUCUCUUCACCGGAUAUCUGCAUGCCUAGAUGCAUUGUGCUGCUGCCAUGUGAUUUGCUGAUUAGAUAUUUAUGUUAAGCAGGUGUACCUAAUGAAAUGGCUGGUAAGAAUAUAGAAGAAUUAAUGUGAUUAUUUUUUUAAUUUUUUAAAUGAAACAUCUUUAUUUUAUUUUACUGUGAACAUGCCAUUAUUUCUUUUUAAUAUCAAAAGACUUGUUUUUCCCCAAUUCCACAUAAUCUUCAGUAGUUGUAGCGUCUAACUGGCCAAGAAGAGCUGCAUUUGUAUCAUACAAACAUUUAGUUUAUACUGAUGAGCAACUUGCUUUACGUAACACAAUGACAACUGUAGACUCUGAGGGUAGAAAUUGAAUGUUGACAUAGAAUGCUGUAUUUUUAUCAAGUCCCAAAAUGUAUUUAUUUAUUUUUUUGUAUUGAACACCAGCAUCAGGCAGAUUCCUUCAAUCAGUAUAAAUAAAAUAUACAAUAACAGGAACAAUCUCUACAAUUUCAUUUUUCUCUUUAACUCUUGUUAAAUAAGGAUUACCUCUCAUAAUUCCUGCAUGAUAAAUACUAAAAGUUUACAUAUAUGCCAAUUAUUAUCAUCAAAUUUGUCCUUCGACUUUAAAUUUAAUGACCAAAACAAAUUGACGCACUAUCACGUAUCCGAAAGCAAACAAACAAAAAUACAAUAGACAAUCAAUGUGAUCAAUGUGGACAGGCUGACUGAGUGGAACCUAAAUGAGAAAAAUAUGCAUGAAACAAAGUAAAGCAGAGCAAUGCACUCUGGUAUUAAGCAAUAAAAAAGGCACAGUUAGCUUUUCCAGUACAAUUUAGUUCUAAGAUAUCCGUCGCUGCACUUGAGAAACAAUGAAUAAUGGAAGAAAGUGAGUCAUUUUUUAAACAAUCAGACUGCAGGUAAUGAAGCCCGGAAAGUAGUUGCAAUCAGCUGAAAUAAAGUUUUAUAUCACUGAAAUUAACGCUUGUAUUUCUAAAACAAAUAAUAUGAUUUUUGGUUCGUCUUUGGAAAAAGUAGGAGCUUUACUGAAUUUAUCCAAUAAAAGUACUUCUUUUCAUGAGGAAAAAAAUAACCAUUUUUCUUUAUUAUUCAUCACUCAUGGAUAAUUUAUGUUCCCUGCGCGCUUUCUCCGUCACAAAAGACAAGCUGGGACGGACACAGCUGAGAGGAAAAAGAUGCUGAGGUUUUUACUCCAACACUUUCUGUAGCCUCAUGUUCCAUCAAAAAUUCAGCCUGCUAAAAAUAAAUGGGCAUGUCAUCACAGAAGUGAGAACUCAUUAGGUUUAUUGCCAGUGUUUGUGGGUCUGCUUUCUCCAAGAAUUGUGAUCUCAAAACCAAAGAAAAGGCACUAAAAAUCACCAUGGCCUCUCGAUCACAGAUUAUUCAUAAAGCUGCUGCGCAAGAGUUCACAAAUCAAAGGGAGAGGAAAAGAGGUCAGACGGCAUUGCUGAGGAAUUCAGUCACUGUAAUGAAAGGAGGAUCUAAAGAUUAUGUAACUCGAGACAAAGUCUUUAUCUUAGCAGCAAAAUCAACCAUCAGAUGUUUUUAAAAGCUUUGAAAGUGCAAACAGAUGUGACAAAAACGUAUUUAUUAUCUAUGAAUAGAUGAGAUGAGGAUGAUCAUCUCAUCUAGUCAUUAUGUUUGAAGCCCACAGAGUUCAAUGCAGACUCUGAUAACUGACAAAUCUCUGGCUGUGAGCCUGCAACUUUUUUCCUUUUCAGAUCUGUUUUUGUAAGUGACUAUUUUAAUGUUCAAUUUCAAGUUAUCUGAAAAAAAAAAAAAAGAAAUGAUAGGGUUUAGUUUAAUACCUGUUACUGCGGCUUUCACAAUUGAGCAUAUAAAGCAUGGUUGCUUGAACAAAACUCAUUCUCAACACCGUAGGAUAAAUCCAGUAAAGUUACUGUGCUAUUUUAAGAAAAAGCAGACCUACUUUGGCGAUUUUGAGGCUACAUUUGGCAAAUGCUAAGUCAGGUUUACAUCAAUAGCAUGCAAAAUUCUUGAAACAACGUUAAAGUAUAAUUUAACAAUAUCUAUGUGUUUCUGACAAGUUGUGAGAAGAUUUAAACCACACUCAUGUCUGUGCAAUAACUGCAGAGUAAUGGGCCGCUCACAUAAACAUACUUAGAGUGAUAGGAUGCUUUGUGCAGCCCGCUGAGCACCCGAGAUUUAAACUCCACUUUAUGCAAAUGAUCCAACAACCACACAAGAGCCAGUUACACCCAUUUUAGUGUGCACUGAAAACUAAGCGCAGCGGUUUAGUACUCUGCUCCACCAAGGGUAGGGAAAUUGCUUCAGCGCAGACAUACGGCUGUAAUCAUUAUCAGUCUCGUUGGUUUUGUAUAAUAACAGAUUCAACAGUGGUUUAAAAACUGUGUAACAGGGAAAUGAAGUGUGCUGUAUGGCAGCAGCAUGCCCCCCUCCUUCUUCUUCAUCCCUCUCUCUUGCUGUCUCCUAAGAGACAGACAGAGAGAAAACCCAGCGGGAAAACCCAGAACUCAUUAAGGCAAAAAACUGAAAUAGUUGCAAUUGUUACCUUGAUUAAAUUGGAUUUUAACUCAGUUUUUUUUCCACCAACAAUGAAAAACUCAAUGAAUACCAGGGUGUAAUCCACAUGUGAUAACAGGCUUUUAGAAACAAACAUUUCUAGGGCUAACAAUGGAUUUGUAGUCAUGUAGAUGUCAACGCUUUAAAUCUUCGAUUCAAACAGAAGAUUAAAUUAAAACACCUGCACUGAUUUUUUUGUGAAAAAUGGCACAUUAAAGUGGAUCUAUUAUGCUUUUUCUUGUUACAGUUUUAGAGGCUUUCAUUAAAUAUGGUGAAAGAUUUAAAAAAAAGUGAAGUUAGUGCAUGUGCAACUAAUUCCUUUUAACCAAAUGCUCAGGUUUCAGAGUUUUUCUUGUUUUUGCUUUGUUUUUUAACACUGGUUGAUGUCAGAGAAAACAGAUAUUCCUAAUAUGGUCAUCUAACAGAAGCUCCUCCCACCUGUUAAAAUCUGUGAGAGGCAACCAAUCGCCAAUCAAUAUCAGCCUUAAAACAACUUGAUUCAGACAGUGGAUGAAGUGAGGGGCUGCACCAAGGCCUAACAUAAAGUUAAAACGUUUAUUUUGAACUGCGAAUCAUACAAAUCUAUUCUAGUAGAGUCCAAGAAUAACAAUAUGAAGCUGGAAAUGAGUGUAACAAGGUCCCCUUUAAGAUAUAAUAUUUUCACUGAAGCCACAAUAAAUUGCUGUUUCACUUUAUCAAUGACAGAGCUGGUAAUAUUCAUAUAUUUAAACUUUUAUUAUGAAUGAUACAACCUAUGACUAUCAUUUGGUAUGUACCUUAUUCCCUCAUUGUGAUCGGUUUUAUUCAUAUUGUAAAUUUACUGUUAUAUUACUUUUACAUUUGUUCCAUUAAGGCAUAAAAACAAAUCUGAUUGUUUUCAAAAUGAAAAUAGUAAAAAACAUCAAAUCUGAUUCAUGCAGCUCAGUAACAAAGAUAUGGCCCGUGCAGGGUACUCUCACUUAGGCCUGUGGCAAGGCCAUAAAUAUACAAUCCUAAAAGGGAUGCACUCUAAAAUGCUUGAAAGCAAUAUGUAGUUCUUUGCUUUAACAUUUGUAAAAAACAAAAAACUGAUCCAAAAAACAACGCAAAUAUAGAAAACAUUAAGUUACCAAGUACAGCACCACGGUUUCAUAACAUCAACAUUUACAUAUUAAAGUCGUUACCUUUGAUUGCUACUGAGAAGCAUGCAACACUGUGCCUUCAUGAUAUUGCCCCAUUCUCCUUUUUCCAAGCAGCAUUAAAUACCCAAAUUACUGUUGCUCCUUUGAGAAGAUUUACACUGAUCUAUUUUUGUGGUCAGCUAUGGAAAGCUGCCUAGUUAGCAAACUCUACACAGAGAUAUAGAAAUAGAUAUAUAGAGAGAUAUGCACAAGUUGUACUGCAACGUUUGGAUUCUUAAGAAAGAGCAGAAUUUGAAUUUUGUGUAUGGUUUAUGUAUUAUGCACAUGCCUCUAUGUUCACGUCAUGUGAUGAGAAAUGUAUUUUAAGCACAAUGGAAACUCUG